AUGCCUCGUGGUCACGAGAGUAAGCUCCGUGCCCGUGAGAAACGCCGCCAGGCUCGAGGCGAAUGCCAAGGUCUCGGGGCUGCUGAAGCGGUUGCAGCAGGGGGAGAAGAGGCCCCAUCCUGCUCCUCUGUUGUUAUUGAGGGCGCUUCCCAGAGCGCCCCUGCUGCAGGCAUUCCUCCGAAGGCUGGGAGAGCCCGAGCCACCCGCUCUUCUGCCUCAGCUGUUUCAGGCACCCGUGCUGAGAGAGGUGCCAGGGGCCAAGAGGGGGAAUGUCCAAGCUCCUCCGGCGGCCCAAGCUCAAGGGAAGUUCCCCAGGCCACGAGUAUGGGCAAGUUGGUGCAGUUUCUGCUGCAAAAGUAUAGAAUGAAAGAGCCCAUUAUGAAGGCAGAGAUGCUGAAGAUUGUCACCAAAAAGUAUAGGAAGCACUUCCCCGAGAUCCUCCAGAAAGCCACUUUGCGCAUGGAGCUGGUGUUCGGCCUUUACCUGAAGGAAGUCGGCACCAGAGGUCGCUCCUAUGAGCUAGUCAGCAAGCUCGACCUUUCCAGCGAUAGUGGCCUGAGCGAAGACGGCUUCCCCAAGAACGGGAUCCUGAUGCCUCUUCUGAGCGUGAUCUUUAUGAAGGGUGACCUUGCCCCUGAGGAGGAGAUGUGGGAGUUCCUGAAUGUGUUGGGGCUGUAUGAUGGGCGGGAGCACUUCAUCUUUGGGGAGCCUAGGAAGCUCAUCACCAAAGAUUUGGUGCAGGAGAAGUAUCUGGAGUACCGAGUGGUGCCCAACAGCGAUCCUCCCUGCUAUGAGUUCCUGUGGGGUUCUAAGGCCCAUGCUGAAACCAGCAUGAGGAAGGUCCUAGAGUUUAUGGCCGAUAUCAUUGAAACUCGUCCCAGUACCUUCCGGUCCUGGUAUGAGGAGGGUUGGGAAGUUGAGGAAGAGCGAUCCCAAACCGGAGUUGCAGCCAGGGCUGGCGCCACUGCCCAGGCCAGCGCCCCCUGCAGGGGCCAAAUCUGGGAGUUCACCCCAGCCUUAGAGAAGUCUGAAAUAGCCUUCAUUUUGAAGCUAAAAAGGGCUGUCAGGUUACUAGCUACUACGGUGUGA